AUAUACCAGCUACGGAAGCAUUGGCGUAACCGGUCGCGAUCCUUUCAAAAAGAAUCUCUCGCGCGAAUUCUCGCAAUUGCAUGGACGGCGGUGGUUCGAGUAAACGAAAUAGCAGAGAUCGCAUCGAAAUUAUCGAAUAGAGUUUGCUGCUCCGCGGCCUUUCGAUCGUCGCUCGAGAAACGAACGAGAGAGAGAGAGAGAGAGAGAAAGAAGCCCUACGACAUAACAGCUACACCGAUGGGAUAUUUCGUGCGCACACGCAUACACUAGCGAUAGUGUUGGCCGCGUCAUUACACCCAUACUCGCGUGCACACCUGCGGGAGAACGGUUGAAUCCAUCUGCGAGCAGGCGAGGUCUCGCGUAUUCGUGCGAUCAGAGGACCCUAUGCCUUUGUGAGUACACGCGUGUGUUGGAUGAACGAGUGUAGUACGGAGGCAACAACGGACAGCAACUUGGGGCACAAGCAAAUGACGUGUUUCUAUCGUUUCGACGUUCUCGACAGUGCAUCGAUCGCGUUCGCGUCGGCAAAUAGUAUUUCUCGACUAGUCUCGCAGUCGUGUUCGGUACGUCAAAACGCGGCUGCGUUCACGUUGAAACGUGUUCGAGAACUGUGGCACGCGAGCACGUGAUCGCGAGUGACCAAGACCACGACAUUUUCAACCUCGAAAUAUCUUUAACCGAUGGCUCGUGCUGCGGUUUCGUCUAGUCUCGUUACCGAGAAGGAAAGCGGGUACUCGGUUUCCGCACGAAUCGCGUCGUUCAGCGGACUGUGCAACCUCGAAUAUCGACUAGAGGACGACCGAUCGACGCUGCAGUCUGGAUCCUUGCUUUUCCACCGAAUCGAUCCAUAUCUCUGUUCGAUCGCGCCAGCCAAUUGUUCCUUUACGAACACCUCGCGAUUACGAUUAUGAACAUCUCGAUCCAAGGAUACGGGAAAAGGAAACAUUGACAUCGUGAACAACACGUUCACUGUUCUAUCUUGAAUAUCGUGUUCUCGCUUUCCGAAGGUGAAACGUGUUGCGCGCUCGAUAGAAUGCAAAUGCGCGCUAGAUAGAAUACAAUGAACAUACCUAUCGUGUCGGGAGAUAUCGUCGAAGACGAUAUUCAUAAGCCACGUUUCGUUAGGGGCUCCGAUCCUAGGGUGGCCACUUGCCGAGGAAAAUUGCAGAACAAACGAAGCAAACUGAAUCAGGAGAUCAACAAGGAGCUUCGAUUGCGAGCCGGCGCGGAAAACCUCUUCAAGGCCACGACCAACAGAAAGCUGCGAGAGACCGUUGCGCUGGAAUUGAGUUUCGUCAAUUCGAACUUGCAGUUGCUAAAGGAACAGCUUGCCGAGUUGAACAGCUCGGUCGAACUUUAUCAGAAUGUCGACAGCGAGGAACCGGCAAUGCCGAUGAUACCGUUGGGACUGAAGGAAACCAAAGAUAUCGAUUUUCGGGAUCCGUUCAAGGACUUUAUCCUCGAACACUACAGCGAAGACGGAACGAAUUACGAGGAGGCGAUCGCGGAUCUGAUGGAAACCAGACAGGCGACGCGGACGCCGACCAGGGACGCGGCAGGCAUCGCGUUGUUGCUACGCUACUACAAUCAACUGUACUUCGUCGAGCGAAGAUUCUUCCCUCCCGAUCGAAGUCUGGGCAUCUAUUUCGAAUGGUUCGACUCGUUGACAGGGGUUCCCAGUUGCCAACGAACCGUCGCGUUCGAGAAAGCUUCGAUUUUGUUCAACGCAGCCGCUCUGUACACUCAAUUGGCUGCGAAGCAGGAUCGUCUGUCCACGCGAGGCUUGGACCAGGCGAUCGACGCGUUCCUGCGAGCCGCCGGUACCUUUCGUUACAUACACGAAAACUUUACCAACGCACCGAGUAUGGAUCUUGGGCCGGACAUGCUCGAGAUGCUCGUUCAACUGAUGCUGGCUCAGGCGAGGGAAUGUUUGUUCGAAAAAUUGGAACUUCAAUCGAAGGACGGCAGGAACAUCGACGUUUCGUUGGACCUAGCGCAAGAAGCGUCACAGGUUGCGGCCGUCUACAGCGAUGUCCACGGGUUGAUCUCGCGCGAACCGGUCCGCGACUACGUACCGGAAACCUGGAUAUCGUUGAUCUUGGUAAAACGGGAACACCACCUGGCUCUCGCGCACAAGCACCUCGCACUUGGAUUGUUCGAUAGAGCGAUUACCGAAUGGCGAGCUGAAACUAAACUCGCGCUCGAACACGUGCAAAGGAGCGACGGAAAGACGCAGCUCGACGUGAUCGUGCCACGGGACGAUAACGAAAGGAAGCUACUGGCGAAAGCGCAUCUCAGGGAAGCUUUGGUCCUGCACGAGGAAAGUCAGAGGCUGCAAAGAAUGUGCAGAGACUUGAAAGCGAAACAGGCGCUUGCCAAAGUUCUGAAGAGAGUACAAGAAUCGACGGUAGAGGAUUACAAUGGCAUCGGGGACGAGGAUGACUUUCGAGGAUUGUUGGAUCCUCCGGAUAUCAUAGCAUCCACCAAGUUCCAAUUGAGCAUCACCCAUCCGGAUUUCGGACAGCACGGAGUGGAAGAUCUUUUCAGAUCGUUGGGUCCGGUCGCUAUAUUUUCAGCUAAAAGACAUUGGACCGCGCCACGAUUGAUACAGCUUCAACGAGGACCCGACGGCGAAGGGUUCGGCUUCAGUGUACGGGGUGAUGCUCCUGUGAUAAUAGCUGCGGUCGAUCACAAUUCGUUGGCCGACUUGGGCGGCAUGAAGGAAGGCGAUUUUAUAGUAGGAAUCGGCGAUAAAGAUGUCAAGUGGUCGUCCCACGAACAAGUGGUUCGGCUGAUUAAGCAAUCCGGUGAUUUUAUAAACUUAAAACUGGUUACGCCGAUGGACAGAAAUUAUUUAAAGAAACCUGGUAAGGUUAACCAGCAGGACAAGGGAAGCGUUUCGGCAAGCAGCUCUUCCGGCAUUUCCUCGGGUCAACCGAGUCCUGCCGGUUCCGUUACCACCGCCCACGUAGCUAAGAAACUACCGUGGAAUCCGUUUAAAAAGUCGGUCACGCAGCGCGACAGUAGGGACCUGACGUUCGACAAUGUAAUCCUUAGAUGACUCUUUGGAUGUUUCACGCGGUUGUUGCAAUUGGAGUUUUCGUCGAAACGUUUAUCAGAUGCUUGCAGGUUCGACAUUGGCCGGUAGCCCUCCGAAUUGCAGGAUCGCGCUAUCUCGUUGCGACGUUUGCACUUUUCUCAACGAUUCUGUGUAAUAUUUUAUCUAUCGAGUAUGUACUUAGGCGUACGCGCGAAAGUUUCGCGUACGAACGCGAAACUCGUAAUGUUUCGUGUAUUAAAGUACGUUUUAUCGAUGGAUUUCGAAGUACAGGGGUGAAAUAAAAGGGCAAUUCGACGGAACUUGCAUGUUCUUCGAUAAACGAAUAUGAUCGUGUAUCGUACAUCGUACAUUGAUCGUAUAUUAUAUAUGAUUGUAUAACGUACAGCGACGAUCGAUGAGAAACGUAUGGAGCGAAACAAAAAUGUAAGCAUACGUUAUACACCAAUUAUAUUUUGUUCACGA